AUUGUUGCACAUCUCUAAUGAAAAUAAGGCGGGAUUUCAUGGAUUUCCUGCUAAAUUAGUUUUCAAAUGCUUGUUAAUGCAUUCAAAUGCUUACAUUUAGUAAAAAAUGCACGUUCCUAUAGUAAGCAACCGAAGGAUAUGAAGUUUUUAAAUGUGGCGGAAAAGAAUGAUGCGGCCAAAACAAUUGCAGGCCUACUUUCAAAUGGCGCUGCGCAGCGGCGCGAAGGCUAUUCGGUGUACAAUAAGGUUUACGAUUUUGAGGCGCCAGUACGCGGCCGUAAUGCCAAAAUGGUUAUGACUUCCGUUUCGGGACAUCUGAUGGAAUUGGAGUUUCUUCAAUCGUAUCGAAAUUGGCGGAAUGUCGAUCCACGCUCACUAUUCGAUGCACCCAUACGUAAGACCGUCAGCGAAAACUUUCUACCCAUUAAACGAACGUUGGAGCGCGAGGUGCGUAGUUGUCAAGGGUUAAUAAUCUGGACGGAUUGCGAUCGCGAGGGCGAAAACAUAGGCUAUGAAAUCAUUGAAGUAUGUCGCGCCAUCAAACCCAAUUUGACCGUUCACCGUGCCAGUUUCUCAGAGAUUACCUCAGUUGCAGUCCGUCGCGCUUUGCAGCAGCUGGGGCUGCCGGACAAACGACAGAGCGAUGCGGUGGAUGUGCGCACCGAGCUUGAUUUGCGAACUGGCGCAGCCAUUACACGUUUCCAAACAAUGCGACUACAGCGUCUAUUCCCUGCCAAUAUUGCAGACAAGCUAAUUUCAUAUGGCAGCUGCCAAAUACCCACACUGGGCUUCGUAGCAGAGCGCUAUAAGGAAAUCGAAGCCUUUGUCUCCGAGCCCUUCUGGAAAAUCAGGGUGCUGCACACCAUUGAGGAUCUCACAGUGGAGUUCAAUUGGGCACGUAAUCGUUUGUUUGACAAAGAGGCAUGCGAGAACUAUUUGCUGCUCUGCUUAGCAGAGCCAGAGCCGAGAGCCACUGUUGAAAGCGUUGUGGUAAAACCGAAGCAUAAGUGGCGACCCACGCCUUUGGAUACUGUGGAAAUGGAAAAGUUGGGCUCACGCAAACUGAAGCUAUCUGCCAAGGAAACGAUGACCAUAGCCGAAAAACUCUAUAGCAAGGGUUUUAUAAGUUACCCACGUACCGAGACUAACCAGUUCUCCAAGGAAUUUGAAUUGACACCCCUUGUGGAACAGCAAACGGGGCACGAGGCGUGGGGUGCAUUCGCACAACGUGUUCUAGAGUGGGGACCAAAUCCAAGGAACGGAAACAAAUCCGAUCAAGCGCAUCCUCCUAUCCACCCCACUAAGCUUGUCUCGAAUCUGCAGGGCAACGAGGCGCGCGUAUAUGAGCUGGUCGUGCGACAUUUUCUCGCAUGCGUCAGCAAGGAUGCAGUAGGCUCGGAGACAAUUGUUAGCAUCGAUAUAGCCGGAGAGAAGUUUAGCGCCAGUGGAUUGGUUAUACACGAAAGGAACUAUUUGGACGUUUAUGUGUAUGAUAAGUGGAGUGCGAAGCAGAUUCAUAACUAUCAGCAGGGUCAGCGGUUUGAGCCGACGGAGAUUAUGCUGCAUGAGGGAGCGACUACAGCGCCUCCGCUGCUUACAGAAGCUGAUUUGAUCGCGUUGAUGGAAAAACACGGAAUCGGCACAGAUGCCACACAUGCUGAGCACAUCAACACGAUAAAGGAGCGCGGCUAUAUAGGCGUGGUAGAGAAAGGAGCUCUAGUGCCAGGUGUUAUUGGCAUGGGCUUGUACGAGGGCUACGAUGCCAUGGAGUUGACUUUGGCGAAGCCGCUGCUGCGCGCUGAAUUCGAAGCUGAUCUGAAACUCAUUUGCCUGGGCGAAAAGGAUCCAAAGCUUGUGCUGCGCGAGCAAAUUGCUAAAUAUAAAACAGCUUACCAGCAGAUUAUGGACAAGAUCACAGCCAUGGAUGACAAAAUAGCGCAAAGGAUUAACGAAACGCCAACGGCCGCCACCGCCAACCUGUCAAGUGGUUUGGUGCACGAGCUCUUCCAGUGCCCUAAAUGCGAGCAGGCACCGCUCGCCUUAAAACCCAAAAAGAAUCAGACAAGCUUUUUCAUUGGUUGCCUUAAUUUCCCGGACUGCAAAAAUGUCAUUUGGUUGCCGGAGGAGUGCAAGGAGUUAACCGUGUUGGAGGAAUGCUGCCCGACUUGUGGCGAUGGCUAUAAAAUGCUCAAAUUUAAGCUAAACACCGCCUACUAUCGUGGUUUGUUCAAUGCUCCCCAUGGAUGGUACAAGAAUUGCUUACGGUGUGAUGAAUUGUUUAGAAGCACCUUCAACAUCAAUUUGGACCAAGUGAAGCGCGUGGGCAGAAUUGUGGGACAGGCGGGAAGCUCAGGACCAGGACCAGGACCAGGACCGGGACCGGGACCAGGACCGGGACCGGGUGGUGGUGGUGGAGGUGGAGGGAAAACUUAUGGUGGGACCACUCCCAGUUUAGGUACACAUCCGGCAAGUGGCAAUUCUUUGGGCUCAGCAAGUAAUGUAGGCUCACAAAAGCCAGCCAAGCCGAAACGGAACACCAAAACUACAGCUAGAGAAAAAAAAGCGAAUGCUGCAGCAGCAACAACAGCAGCAGGUGGCAUAAGAAGCUUCUUCACGCACACCAAUAGUCGGGGCACUGCAAGUCUAGAUGGUUUCUUUGACAGCGACAACGAUGGCUUCGAUGAGCAGCUGCUGGCAGCUGCAGCUGUAGCCGAGUCUGGAUCCGCGGUAGCUCAUCAGCUGGAUGAGGACAUUGCAGCAGCAUUUGCUGCAGAUGAUGAUGCGGACUUUGAGUCGUUGCUGGCGGAAAGCAACAACAGCAACAGCACAAGCAAUAACAGAAUGGCGGCUAACUUGGACGGCAGCCUAACGCAAUGGAUGCGCGAUGCUUACGAGGCCGAGGAGGCUCCCAUGCUAUGGGGCAGGCAGGCACGCGCAGCAGCYGAAGCGCAGCCAACAGUGAAGCGAGCGCGAUUAAAUGAAGCUUGUGCAGCUGAAGCUCAUGCUGCGGUGAUUUGCACUGGCUGCCGUCAGCCUGCUCGCCAGCUUACUGUGCUGCGCGAUGGACCCAACAAGGGCCGGCAUUACUACAAAUGCCCCAAACCUAAUGAGUGCAAAUUCUUUCAGUGGGCCGAGCAGCAGCCAACAGUAGCUGUUCCCGCCACGAGCAUCGGCAAUUGGGGCAAGUUAGCAGAGCAGGAAACCAACAGCUCAUCCAGUUGGGGCACAUCAGCAGUUGACAGGGAAGAAAGGCGCAAUUCCCAAGAGAUUCUCUCAUGGGGUACAAAGGGAACAGCGAAUCGGAAUAACUCUCAAAAUUCCAAUGAUUCAAAUUUGGGCAGUGCUGGAACUCUGGAACAAGGAAGAAGCAGAUCGCCGACAACCUUUAGAUGGGGUACGAAAAGUGCUGCCCAAGCAGCAUCAACAAGUAGCAACAGCAGCUCAAACUGGGGGACAAAUUCAGCUACACAGCAAAGGGCAAGUGGCCAGCUAACUAAUGCGCACAGCACCUCCAGUUGGAGUACAGAAAACAUGGAUUGGAAUCGUGGCAGCAGCAGCAGCCAAGCCAGCUCCACAUUUAAUCGCAAUAACAACAGCUCCCAGAGCUCACACAUCCGGUCUAAUUCCAGCAGCACUGUGACCAUAACUCAACGAAUCGCUAUCGAUGGCAGCACUAAAUGCAAUUGCGAUAAGCCCGCGAGCAGUCUGAUCGUCCGUAAGGAUGGGCCCAAUAAGGGACGACCCUUUUUUGCAUGCGCGAAUCGCGAAAAGUCCUGCGGCUUUUUUCAAUGGGGCGAUUCACAUGAGCAGCCAGCCAGCUCAUCAAAAUCUGGUGCAGGUGUAGCGGCUCCUGCUGGGAAUCGGACACGUCGAUGCGGUCUAUGUCGCGAAGAAGGACACACCCGCCAAAAGUGUCCUCGCAAACAGGAUUUCGACUAUUGAAACAACGGCUUCCUCAUUUCGUAUUAGGUUCGAAUUUUAAACAUUUAUUGGAACGAUCAACAUAUUCUA